GCGAGUGGAGUAUUGGGGCAAGGGGAGAGAGUUGGAUUGGAGAAAGCUUGAGGGAAUUGGUGAGGAGUGAGAAAGUGUGGGGUGAAGGAAGGGAAUGUAGGGCUGACUUGUGCAGUCAAUACUGUCGCGAUUUCACAUGGUGCAGUUGGCAGCUAUGUGGGGAAAGGGUUUGGAAACACAACUGUUACUUUGAAGAGAGAAGCAGUGUUACGUUUGGGAUUGCGAAACAGAUUGUGUGAAAAUUUCUGGAUGCGCUAGUCACUGCUUCAAGGAUGCUGAAUGCUUGGAAGGUAGAAUUUUAUAAUUGUGGGCGCAUGUUGAACAACAGCAGUUCCUGCAGACGGAGGUGUGGAUGUGAAAGCAAGUUUUGGCAGCGAAGAUUGUAUGAAAAAAAUUGUGGUAACAAUUUGUCAUGAUGGAUUUGAACUCCUGAUCUUUGGAUCCGGUGCCACUAAGUUAUUGUAUUCAUCUUGCGUACAAGGCCAGUGGUUCUCCUGUAACAUUGUGUAAUAGGAGUCAAGCUGAGCAGAAUUAGACGGUGAGGAAUAGCACAGAAUCCUCACAUGCAGAGGAUUGCUUUUUUGACUGGAGGCUUGUGACCAGCAGUAUACCACAAGGUUUGGUGGCCCACUGCUUUUUGUCAUUUAUAUAACUGAUUUGGAUGUAAGUAUAGGAGGUAUUAGCAAAUUUGCAGAUGACACCAAUAUUGUGUAGUGGACAGUGAAGACUAUCUCCAAGUACAAUGGGACCUUGAUCAGAUGGAUGAAUGGGUCAGUAGUGGCAGAUAGUUUAACUUAAACAAAUGUGAGCUGUUGCAUUUUUGUAUGGCAAACCAGGGCAUAACUUAUAUAUUUAAUGGUAGAAUCUGAGAAGUGUUGCUAAAUGAAGAAACCUAGGGGUGCAGGUGAAUAGUUCCUUGUAAGUAGAGUCAUGGGUAGACAGGGUGGUGAAGCUUGCCAUCAUUGGUCAGGUCGUUCAGUAUAGGAGUUGGGAUGUCAUGUUGCGGCUGUACAGGACAUUGAAGCCAUUUUGCAUUUACUUCUGGUUGCCUUUCUACAGGAAAGGUGUUGUCAAACUUGAGAGAGUGCAGAAAAAUUUUGCAAGUGUGUUCCCGGAACUAAAAAGAUUGAGUUCUAGCGGAAGGCUGAAUAGGCUGGGUUUUUUUCCCUGGGGCAUCAGAGGCUGAGGAAUGACCUUUAAAGAUGUUUAUAACAUUGAUAGGGUGAAUAACCAUGGUUGUUUUCCUAUGGUUGGGAGGGGAUGGUGGGAGCAAGUCCAGAACUAGAGGGCAUAGGUUUAAGGUGAGAGAGGAAAGAUUUAAAAGGAAUCUGAGGGGCAAAUUUGUCACACAGAGGAUGGUAUGUGUGUGGACCAAGCUGCCAGAGGAAGUGGUGGAUGCUGGUACAAUUACAAUAUUUAAAAGGGAUCUGGAUGGGUAUAUGAAUAGGAAGGCUUUACAGGGAUAUAGGCCAAAUGUUCACACAUGGGAUUUGGGCAAAUUGGCAUGCCUGGUUGGUGUGGCAACUGGAGUUUAUCACCCCAUUCCAACUUUAUUUCAAUCCUGACUUGAUAGUCAAGAAAUAUCAGGUGUGGAGACUACUAACCAACUUUCUUUUCUUUGGGCCAUUGGGAUUUAGCUUUCUGUUCAAUAUGAUCUUCUUAUACAGAUAUUGUCGAAUGUUGGAAGAAGGAUCAUUCAGGGGAAGAACGGCUGACUUUCUGCUCAUGUUUAUUUUUGGUGGGUUUUUAAUGACGCUGUUUGGAAUCUUUGCGAGCUUGUUCUUCCUGGGUCAGGCCUUCACCAUCAUGCUUGUGUAUGUGUGGAGCAGGAGGAACCCAUUUGUACGAAUGAAUUUCUUUGGGCUGCUAAAUUUCCAGGCUCCAUUCCUGCCUUGGGUGCUGAUGGGGUUCUCGCUGCUUCUGGGAAACUCUGUCAUCGUUGAUUUGUUGGGAAUUGCUGUUGGUCAUAUUUAUUACUUCCUGGAAGAUGUAUUCCCAAACCAGCCAGGAGGAGUGAAGUUGCUGGUGACUCCAAGAUUUCUGAAGGCAAUAUUUGAUGUUGCAGAGGAAGAUCCCAAUUACAAUGUGUUGCCUGAGGACCAGCCUGGAGAGUUCAACUGGGGUCAGGGGCAAAGGCUUGGGGAACGGAAUGAACAGAACCCUAAUGGACAACAGUGAUACUUCACACUCCAUCGAGAAACUGAACAUUUUCUGAAUAGAAGAAGUUUUUUAAAGAAUGUUAUUUUAUGUAGAGUUUGUGCUCCUUUCAUGGUAUUUGAUUUCCAACUUUGCCAAUUAAAAUGCUAAUUGAUCGCAGUUACUAUCAUGAGUAAGUUGCAGGAUAUUCUGAGUGUAGGGUAUCUAUUUAAUUGUGUUUUGAAUAUGUUGAUCACAAGUUCAUUGUAUCCUAGGUGCUUAUAACAUGAGCUAAUCUUUGUGCACCUAAAUGUUUAACACAGCAGGCCUGUUGGCUUUUUCUAGGCUGCUGUGUGAAUGUGGAAUGUCAAGGAAUCUUGGUUCCCACUCCCUAUUCCUGCUAAAGAAACAGUGGGUCUACUGUGAUGCUCUGGUGUCCAAAUAUUUUAUUGACUUUAGUGUCACCUGUGAAAGUUAGUACCUUCGGGGUAGGGGGGCUCAUGGUGCAAGGAAUGUUGUGGGUGUGAUUUAUGGCUGGGGUUUAUGCACUGGUUUAUAAAUAUUAAACCUUUUUUCUAAAUUCAUUCUAGAGCUGAGAAUCAGUAAGGGAAUUAGCUGUUAGGGGCAGAAGUGGAAAAACUUUUGUCAAAUUGGAUCAAGCCUUGUUAUUUAUGUCUGGAGAAAUGUUACCUUCUAAUAAUGAAAAUCUCUUCAAAACUAGCUACUAAUUUUAAAAAAAAGUCACAAGCUGAUUAUUGCAGUCUUUGAGUGGUACCAGGAACAUCUUUUUGUCUUUGUUUCAAACUUGGAUUAAAUCUAUGGGGCGCAGGGGUUUUGAUUUCAUGUGAAGAGAGUAAAAUUCAGUCUCAAGGAUGUUUUUUGCACAUGUGAUUGGACUUGACCCUCUGUUUUCUCAAUUCAUUGCAUGAAGUUUAGUUCUGAUUCUUGUGUGGUUUGUUGAUACUUCAGAAUGUUGAUUUGGUAUCAGUAACUUGAAUACAGACUAUGGAGACUAUAAGGCUGGUGCCCAUACUCAGCUGGAUCCAGGAAUCCUGUGGCUUACAACUAUGAUCCCUGUAGAGACCAAUAACUUAAAAAGGAGUUAUUUUAUAGUGCCUGAUGGAAAUAACUAAAACGUAAGUGUGAAUAUGUUAAGACUAUGUUACUGUAACAAAGAAACCAGAAUUAACAUUGGUUGAAUGUUGUUGAAAUUGAAGUUUUUGCAAUUGAAAUAUUGUAUCAAAAGGCUAUACUGUUAGCAGCCAAAGCAGCAUUUUACCAAGAUGACAGGUUUUUGAAUUUAGCCAAUUAAUUCAAACCUUAGAGGCCCCAGAAACCAAAACCCAAUUAAAUUUUAAAUGUGAUGGUUUUGACCUCUUAGGACCAAUCCUAUUGUAAGAAAUUAAUACACCAUCAAGGGUAUAAAAUAAGAGGGCAUUUGAAAAAAAUCGGUAAGAGAAUUAACUGACAUCUGCCAAGAGAACAGUUCUCAGCUGUAGGAAGAAUCACUGAUUCUCUCAGAAUUCUCUAAGCUCUCAGAAACCAUCAUCUAAACUGAAAGUACAACAGCACUCUUAGCUAUAAUGCCUGACAUAAGAAUUUGACAGAGAAAGGCGUUCCUGACUGAAGAACAGUAGAGAAAGUGCAGAAUAUUCUGGAAGACAUAUACUGGCUGUAAUUUUGAGAUUUGUUUUAAUUUAUUUUAUCAUUAUUUUGAUUUAUAUAAGUGAGAUUUCUACCUAUUGAUAGAAUACCUAUUGGCAUACCAUUAGAAUUUUGUUUUAUUUGGGAAUUAUUAGUAAUUAAGGGAGAAUGGUUUGGUUUGUUAAUAGUUCUGUUAAUUUGUUCACUGUUACAGUUAGAUAAAUAAAUUGUUACAUGUUGAUUUAUAGAGUGAGUGAAAGGAUUUUAUUUAACCAUUCUUUUUAUAAUAGAUUGAGGGAUGAGACGCAGCUUACACCACUUUUCCACACUUCAUAACAGAUUAUAAGGUUGCGAACCUGUCUUUUGGUGUUUCGGUUUUAGUUAUCAGAGGGGACUCUACCUCCGCUUUGUAACAGAUUUGGGGCUCGAUAUCUGGAUCUGGCCGGUUCAUGCUCAGGAUCUGAACAGAUGUGGACAGAUUUGGGGUACAAAAGGUCCCAGGAGAUUUAAACAGACUUAGAUCUCUAAAAUAAAACUUAGAUGAGAAAUGGAAAAUCUGUUUAAUUUUGGUUACUUGUGGUUGGAUAAAUAAAAAAUGGUGGAAAUGGCUCUUAACAUUGCUAAAGAGGUUCUGGGGUUUGAAGAUGUUUUCUAAAUUUGCCAAAAAAGUUUAUAGUGACAGAGGAAGAAUAUACUUUUAGACUUAGCAAACAGGUUGGAAUUGGCUCUAAAUGGGGACAAAAGGAAAGCUGAAAAUAUGAAGGAGUUAGGUAAACAUUUAGGUAUACAGCGAAACAGGCAAAUGCAGUGGAGUUAGAAAAAAGUAAAUUGAAAAUUAGACAAUUGGAGUUAGAAAGGGAACUGAAAUGGUUUGAAUUACAGUUACAAUCAGAGGAAAGGAAAAAAAGAGGAGAGAGUUUGAAAUUUGGAAGUUGCAAAGUAAACAAAAGAAGUUUAACAGCACAGAACUGAAGGUGGAAUAUACGUUUAGUGAGGAGGGGUUUGAUGGUGGGCAAACCCAUCGUAGCCAAAGAUCUGGUGGAGAUAUAUACAAAUAUGGCAGAACACCAUCAAAUUUUGGUUAAAAAGAUGAAGAACCCUUUUUCUUCUCCUUUGAGAAAUUGGCUAAACAGAUGAAUUGGCCAGAAACUCUUGAGAAUAAAUUGGUAAGUAGGGCAAGUGAGGUGUCUGCAGCACUGUCAGUUGAUAUCAGAAGCAUAUAGAUAACGGUUCAGAAAUAUCAGAAAGGAACAAGGUCAGGCUUGCAUGGAAUUUGUAAGAGUUAAGCAUAGCAACUUAGGUAGAUGGGUGAGAGCAUUAAAGAUAGAAAAGACAUAUGAGGAUCUUAGAGUUUAUUCUGCUGGAGGCGUUCAAAAACCCACCUUAAGAAAUGACAUUCAGGGGUGCUCUGACAAAUAGCCACUGGCAGCAGGCACAUUGUGGGGAAGGUCCUGUGUAGGAUUGGGGAUUUGGGAGGUAGAGGAAGCCUGUUUUGGGUGAUAAGCUCCAGUAGGUUUACAGUACUUAUGGUUUUAGUGCCUAAUAAAACUGAGUAAAAUUGUGGGUUCAGGUUGUGGAUCCUACGAAGAAUAAAAAAACAAGAGACAUCCUUUGCAGGUCUGGGAGAGGGAGGUUCUAAGCUGCGAUAGGCUUGAUUGUAGUGCCAGGAGAUGCCAGCGCAUUGCUGCGAGUGUGUUUCAGGAGUUGCAGGAAGAAAUGCUUCUGAAUGAUCUCCAUGUUCUGAAUGUAGACAUUGUAACGGUUGGGGCAAAUUGGGAAGGCCUGAAUGUGGACCAGAGUCCAUUGGGGAUGAUCUGGUUGCGUAGGCAGGGGCUGAGGAGGGUGAUGUGGCUGUAGUAUCUAGUUUGCUUCAGGACAUGGUUAAGCACCUUCAAGGCCGAAGAGAUUACGAGAGUGGGAGAGAGAUCACUAAGGUUAUUUUGGAGGGAGGAGGGUAACUUCCUCAAGGUAGGCAUCCUUAGAGGCUUCGCAGUUGGGUUAAAAUUGUUUCAGAGAUAGUAGGAACUGCAGAUGCUGGAGAAUCUGAGACAACAAGGUGUAGAGCUGGAUGAACACA